AUGAUCAGUUUUUUCAUACUUUGUAUACUUCUUGUUAUUUCCUUUGAUAUAUCCCUUAGUGUUUACCCUGCGAAGGGGGGAGUACCUAUCGAAGCAAAACAAGGCACACAUGAUCACAUACAAUUUGAAAAUAUUCCAGAUGAAGAAAAUUAUUAUACUCAUGAAGAUGUAUAUUACGUGUCGGGAGAAGUAAGUCCACCAGUUGACUAUAAUGACAUUUCGGAAAAUUAUAAAAAGAAAAUGAUAAAUUUUGAUGAUAUUGAAAAAAUAAAUAAUUUGAAAAAUUUAAAUAGGACAAGUACUUUUCAAAAUAUGCAGAAAGUUUAUUAUGAAAACAAUACUUACAACAGCCAAUUAAAUAAAAGUAUAAAAAAGAUUUUAAGCAUUGCAUUAAACGUACCUAUACAUGAAAUAAAACUUCAUGAUAUCAAUAUGCUGCUUAAGAAAUGGAGACAGGUGAACAAAGAAAAAAAAAAUUUAACUAAAACGUAUAACAAUGAGUAUUAUUUUAAAACAGUUAAAAUGCAUGAUCCUCACCUGAACAGAGCAAUAAAUACAGACAGAACAGCGGAAUUAGCAACUCACACAGGAGUAAAAAACAUAUACAACGAAUCAUUUAUAAGUGCUGAUUAUUUGCUUCAGUUAACUUUUUAA